UGAAGAGAUAAGCGGACCAUAUGAAUUUCGACUGUACUAGUGGUUCAAACUUGUAUACUCUUUAAUGUUCUAGAUUUAUUUUUUUUAUUAUAUAUACUUACGAUAUGCCCUGUAUCAAAUGCGAAGAGCAAGUCUGGUGUGUUAAGGAUUAUACCGAACAAUGCAUUAUUCUAAAGCAGCCUGGAGAUUAUUAUCAUUCAUAUUCAGAUAUGGUAGGUGGCAUAGUGUCUCAUACAUAUUGUUCAAGAUAUAAGAAACUUUGUCAGACGAAUAGAGUUCGCGGAAUUUGCCGGCUGAUCACGAAUAUGAUAUCAUCGCCGGGAUUACUUUUUUUUGGGUCCUCUUUUAUAUGUUUGCCUAUUUAUUGGAGCAGUGACAGACAAAUCGUGGCGAAAGUGAGGAUGUCUUAGGCAUGCAAGAAGGUGGACGAACCGGCAGUUGAAGGAUGGGAAUUGUUGCUAAAUAUAAUUUGCUUGGAUGGAUACGUUGGACCAGUAAGAUGGGAGGAAAAACCGUUAAGGGUCCUUAGUGGGGUCCCUAUUUUGGUCUUGCGAAAUACUCUAAAUAAUGUAUGCAAGGGUUUUCUGAAUUUGCUACGGCUGCU